AUGGGGAAGAAGAAAAACCAGCAACCAUCAGCCUCAACCGACGAUCUUCUCAACACACUGGGAGACUUCACGAGCAAAGAAAACUGGGAUAGCUUCUUUACCAUCCGAGGCAGCGAUGACUCGUUCGAGUGGUACGCCGAGUGGCCUCAGCUUCGCGACUCACUCCUCCCCCUUCUUCAACAACAGCCGUCACCCUCUUCCUCUUCCUCCUUGCAAAUAUUGGUGCCUGGUUGCGGAAACUCUAAACUAUCGGAGCAUUUAUACGACGCCGGAUUUGGCGAUAUAACCAAUAUUGAUUUCUCGAAAGUUGUCAUUUCCGGCAUGCUUCGACGUAAUGUUAGGGACCGGCCCAACAUGCGUUGGCGAGUUAUGGACAUGACCCAAAUGCAGUUCCCAGAUGAUACUUUCGGUGUUGUUCUUGAAAAAGGUGGAUUGGAUGCUUUGAUGGAGCCAGAACUAGGCCCUCAGCUAGGGAGUAAAUAUUUAUCGGAGGUGAAAAGAGUUCUGAAAUCCGGGGGGAAAUUCAUUUGUCUUACCUUGGCAGAAUCUCACGUUCUAGGUUUGCUUUUUCCGAAGUUCAGGUUUGGCUGGAAUGUCUGUCUCUAUGCUAUACCUCAGAAACCAUCUAGUAAGCCUGAACUUCGAACAUUUAUGGUGGUUGCUGAGAAACAAUGCUCCAAUGAACUGCACCAAAUCAUGUCAUGUUACAAUCAUUCUUCCCUUGCUUGCAAUCCGCAUCAGGCUUCUGGUCUUCUUGAAGCCCUUGAAAGUGAGAAUAAAAUUCGCGGAGAAUACUUGAGUGGCUCUGACGUACUAUAUUCUCUUGAAGAUCUUCAACUUGGAGCUAAGGGGGAUCUGACAAAACUUAGCCCUGGUUGUCGAGUUCAGCUUACUCUGGGUGAACAAGGGGUUUCUCGCUUUUCUUACAAAGCUGUAUUGCUUGAUGCUAAACAACAGUCUGAGGCAUUUUCUUUUCACUGUGGUGUCUUUAUUGUUCCCAAGACUCGGGCUCAUGAGUGGCUCUUCUCCUCAGAGGAAGGACAAUGGCAGGUUGUUGAAAGCUCAAAAACUGCUCGUCUAAUAAUGAUCUUAUUAGAGACCAGCCAUGCUAAUGCUGAUAUGGAAGAUAUCCAGAAGGAUUUGUCUCCUCUAGUGAAACCGCUGGCACCUGCAGAUAAUGAUAAGGGAAAUCAAAUUCCGUUUAUGACAGCAAGUGAUGGAAUCAAGCAGCAAAGCAUCGUUUACCAGGGAUCUUCUUCUUUAACCGGUCCCAUUGUUAUCGAAGAUGUUGUUUAUGAAAAUGAUGAUGGCGAUGUCAGUCGCUCUUUGCCUUUCCGUCGUCUUAUCUUCCAGAGAACAGAAGGCCUGGUACAGUCUGAAGCUUUGCUAACUAGGGAUGGAUUGUUUGACAAAAGUAUUUAUGAAACAGAGAUGAAGAAAGCCAGCUCAUCUUCAAAAUCCAAGCGAAGAGGAACUCAGAGAAGAAACAAUGAAUCAAGCAGCAAGAUGAAGGUGUAUCAUGGUUAUUUGGCUAGUUCUUAUCAUACGGCGAUCAUUUCUGGAUUUUCUCUGAUUUCAUCCUAUUUGGAAAGUGUGGCUUCCUCGGGAAAUAGAGUUAACGCAGUUGUAAUAGGUCUUGGUGCGGGUUUACUUCCUAUGUUUCUUCAUGGAUGUAUGCAGUUUAUGCAAAUUGAGGCAGUGGAGCUCGAUCCUAUUAUGCUUAACCUUGCAAGGGACUAUUUUAGUUUUACCGAAGAUAAACGAUUGAAGGUACAUAUUGCAGAUGGCAUCCAGUUUGUCCGGGACAAAGGAAACAUAUCCGCGGUUGGUGAUACUCUUCACGAAAACAAGGAUGAUUCGAACAAUGAAGUGCUUCAUUCUUCCAAUGGAAGUUGCAAACUUCGAGAUCCAGAAAGCCAAAGAAGUACCAAUAUUGACAUAAUUAUUGUUGAUGUGGACUCUUCAGACUCGAGCUCCGGUCUGAGAUGUCCGGCCGCCGAUUUUGUGGAAGAAUCUUUCCUUACAAAUAUAAAAGAUGCCCUUUCCGAGCAAGGUCUCUUUGUUGUUAAUUUGGUCUCAAGGUCUCCUGCCAUUAAGGAUGCCGUUGUUUCAAGGAUGAAAGAGGUUUUUAGCCACCUAUUUUGCCUUCAACUGGAGGGAGAGGUCAACCUUGUAAUCUUCAGUCUUUGUUCGGAGUCCUGCAUUGAGGAGGAUCGCAUACCUGAAGCUGCCGUUCGACUUGAUAAAUUGCUCGAGUCCAAACAUCCCGAGAUAAGCCAGAGCAUCACCGAUGCAGCAAAAAAGCUCAGACGUUUAAAGUGAAUACAGCAUGAAAACAACGGAGUUUCCCUUUAAUAUAUAUUCAUUCUGAAGUGACCUCAGAACAACCUUUCGCAGAUUCGAAGCAUUCGGCAUUGAGAAUUGCACUGCAGGACGAGAAACGUCUGAGUCGAUCUUUUUAAUGUUUUUCUUUAGACGGUAUGUAUACUGCAUCUACGGUUUUGUCGUUCGAUAUCUUAAAUACUUCCGUCAUGCAUUGUUUUGCGUGGAUUUUAAAUAAUCUAAGGUCGGAUGCCCGAAUUCGGAACAUACACUCUUCGAUGUGUAACGGUAUUAAACUGUAAAUCCACACCAUUGGAGUAUGAAUU